UAAUAAUAAUAAUAAUAAUGGAGGGGUAGGAAUCCUGGGCUCUUAGGUUAAGCCGUUCAAACCUUGGCACCACGAUAAAUGACCCAGCAUCCGGACAAAAGGCUUCCUAACAUCUACCGUUUAUGAGACUCGUUUUGAUAUUAAAUUUUCCUCAAACCUGGUGAUUUGUUGUCAUAAUAUUACACUCCACGUGGAGUACAAUCUGUGACGUUGGGAUCUGCAGCAUAACCACUUCCUCCCAGGUAUAGGAAAACUUGCCGAGCACCACGAGAUGUCUUGUGCCCGGAGAUGGUUACAGAGGAAGUUAGUGACGUGGGAGAACACAGGCGUUCUACUGGUAGGUGCGGACAUGACGUCACAGGUUAAUAUCCCAUGGGUGGGUCAGGUGACGGGGUGUUCCGGCCUCACCCUGGGUGGGGGAGGGUGGCGACACCCGGGAAGGAGGCUAUGGCGCCAAUGGUCGGGGGAAGAUGCCUGACCUUGCCAGGGGUGUUAGGGGUAAACUCUGCAGUCUGCACCAGUCAUGGCCUAGUGCUGGCCACCAGAGGACGUGUGUUCUGCGCUCUCCUGCCACACCACACACACGCACUCUUAGGAGCCUCGUAUCCUCCACACAACUGUUAGCAAUAAGCAUCUGAGACGUGUUUGGCCAAGGAAAGGUGUACCGUGGAGAGCACAUUCUCUUCAGCAGCCCUUCAUCCAUGCUCGGAGACUACUUAUCUCCAUAAUACAUACACAUUUGAUAAUCUGUCUUGAUCAGCAAGCACACACACUCAAACGUCAAGUCACGGUGCAGUUACUUUAAAAACAACAAAUUCCUCAGGAACAUUUGGACCAAACCUCUAAACAACGCCUGAACAGCAAGCUUCCAAAAGUUGCAGCAUAUAUUCACAGGGUAAAAGUCGCUCUCAACACUACGGAAUAAUCAAAAGAAGCCUCCGUGAAUACCACAAGACAUCACAGAACGAGGGAUCACAAGUGUAAACAACAGUUACUCUCCCAACACCGCACAAAUACCAACAACUGUCUCAGCAACAACUAUAAAGGACGUAAAAGACAACUCAAAGCAAGAACUUUGCCAGAAAACCUCAGAAUUAGCAACAGUAGUCUCUGUAAGAAGUAAGAGACCCACAGUACAGUACGUAGAAGCACAGGUCAACGCAGGAACCUGGCUAGAACACAGAAUCAACAACAGUAACCUGUGUAACGAAGAGAAAAGGAGACCACAGUAGAGAAGACAAUAACAAGCCUACGUAGUAACACUCCCAGAAGGAUGCGGUUGCCGCGGUGGUGCACCAAUGCUGUGAAGGCGUCACUGCUACUGGUGUUGAUGGGAGUGCGAGUGUGCGUGGGCAUGCGGAGCAUGGUGAGGGGUAGCCAGGCUCGCGACGUAGCCCUGGGCAGCAACACUCUGAGGGGACUGCAGAGCACGUGGCACAAGGACACUCGGGAAGACGAGAGAGCCGCCUCUCCUACUCCACUAUACAACGCCAGAAAGGCCUUUAUCGCCUUCCUUAACAACUCUGAGCGCACAAAGUUGGCCCGGAAGGAGAAGAAAAAAAAUAGACCUAACAGGAAUAACCAAAUUCGUCUGCCCCGGGAAGGACCGGAAGGACCUCCAGGUCGCCGUGGUCCUCAGGGACCACCAGGUCCUCCUGGUGGCAGCCUCAGCACUCGUGAGAUGGAAGAAUAUAUUAAAGAUUAUCUAAGAGACUUCCUGCAACAGAACAAGACUGUGAGCGAGGUGAACUUAGCGGAUGAUAGCCUGGAGAGGACCAGCCGAAUGAGAGUCAAGGCUGCCUUUACUGCCACCAUGCCCCAGCCCACACUCCUCAAGCCAUCUACUCUAGCUAUAGUCGACGCCUUCACUAUCACAUUCUCGCCGGGUGUGUUUGAGAGAAGAAUGGUGGUGGAGCACGGAGGCUUCACAGUCACUAAGAAAGGUAUAUACCAGGUGGCAGCAUCACUGGUAUUACACCCACGAGGCAGACCCAACACACCCCUCAGGCCGCUCAAGGACAUCAGUGUCUACCUCUGUAUUACGCACUGUUCCAAGAACAGUCGUCGACUGGAGUGGUCGGGAUCACUGGGAGAAGGAUCGGUAACAGCAGUGUUGGCAGGCCAUCUGCUGCUACUGCGGGGUGACACGCUCCUCUUGGCUGUCGACAAUCGCACCAAGAGGCCACUGCAGGUGGGGACAGGCUCAAGCUUUUCUGCAGCGCUGAUUGGAACAUAGAUGCAAGAGGGCGAGGGUAGACGGCGUUGUACUCGACCCUGCCGAAAUAUUCGCAGCAUUAAACCUAAAUUUAAGCAAAAAUAAUAUAUAUUUAAAAAUGAAUGAUAAAGUGAAUCAAGAUGUUGUUCAUGAGGAAGAUCAUCUCGAUUUUUCAUUUAUUUUGUGAAAGACAGUGUUAGUGAGACGUUGAUCAAGAGCAAUAUUCAGUGACAGAAGUUGCUUAGGAGAGACUGUAGAUACACUAAGAUACUGUCCUUGUGAGAAACUACAAGCAGAAAGCAACUGAUUGCGAAAACUUGUCUUAAGACAUUCUUUGUGAAAGACUCCAGCAAACAACCCACUGUUUCUAGGCAUUAGAGAUAUCUUAGAGACUUCAUUAAGACGACGGUGUCAGUUGAGCCAGACUUGGUUGGUGGGACGGACGUGCGUGUGUGUGUGUGAGUAUAUGUAUAAGAGAGAUUAUGUAUUUGUAGUUUCAGGAGUAGAGCUACGCUCUUGGUAGUCUAUCAUAAGCCUUUAAGUUGCAGUUUUUAAGGUUUCCAGUGGUUGUACCAUCACAAUAUGAACUCAUUCUACCAGUCUAGUGCUUUUAAAGAAAAAUUUUUCUGUUGAACGUUUGCCACCAGUUCUUAGUUUAUAACUGUGGUUUAUUCUUAUUCAUUUUUUGAUGUGCUAAAAAACUACUGUAUUUUUUCAUUGUACACCAGUUUUAUAUCUGCAUCCUUUUGUUAUCUUGAUGUUCAACUAUCUGUCAGUGAGGGAAAUUUUAGCAUUUUCAGCCUCUUCGUAAUUCUUAUUUUAUAACUCUGGGUGUCACUGUGGAUAAUGAAGA